AUGAACGCCUUUUUCGCUCAUCCACCCAGUGGGCAUUCGUUCACUCCCCGUGCGGGUACGCAUCACGGCGACGCCGGUCAAGCUACCUCGCAGCCCGGGCUUCAGCAUCCAGAACCACCCUCCGGGAAUAUCAUCUGGGCCCGGGAAUAUCCUACCACUACAGAUAUCAAGCCGCCCCGUUCAUCUGAAGAUAUCCAGGCUAGAAGCGAGUCCAUCAUCCACUGCACCGAGUGGCCUUCAAUAAGGCUAAGCUCGAAACUUGGUGUCGGAUCCUCUUCGGUGGAAUUGUUCUAG